GUCCAGGGAGCUGGAGCCAAAGGCUGGAGGACCAUGUCAUCAUUGUUCAGUCGGGAGGAUGAAGAUCAGUUGCUGGCUCCUGAAGCAGCUGCAGACCAUCCUCUAGCUGCAAAACCAGCAGAAGAAGAAGCUGAGAAGAAGGCUGCUGGCCUCUGGGAUGUCUUUGCUACUAAGUGGCAGCAAACUUCAGCUCUGGAAAAAUUGACUGCCAAGGUGGACUCCAGCGAAGAAAAGGUGGAGGGCAGUGGGGGUUCUGGGGUGAUGCCAGCUGAGGAAGUCAAUGACCUUGGCCACGACAAUGACCUCCGAGAGGCUGAAGGUGUGGCCUUCAAGUGGAGCUUCGUAACCAACAAACUGGCUGAGUUGAAGAACAAGAAUAUUCCCAAAAGUAACUAGGACAGACACAGAAAUGGAGGACUUUGAGUGAGUGAUCCUUUCUCCGUGAUAACAAUAUAUUUUAUUAUUUCCCAACAGCUUCCUGAAAAAACAGCAUUGUGCUUAAUGUGAAAUGUUCAGUUCCAGAUAUGGGUGUUGUUUAGGUUGAUAACUUUAUGAAGCCUUCCCAGAGUGUGUGACUCUGAUGCCUUCAUUCCAUUUCUCUCCUUUUCUCCUUAUAAGAUGGUUCUUAGACUAAUUAGGUUAAUGGACAUUUAGGAAAAUCUCCCUUGCCAGAGACUGUGGCCUAUUAAAAAAAAUGAGCAUCUCCUUCUCUCUUUCCACAUUCACCUACUUUGACUUUCUAAGAAAGCUGCUGUCGCAGGACAAUUAAUCCAAGAGUCCAAUCUAUAGCGGUCUACAAGCUGAUUCUCUGACAAUUUCCUGCAAUUGUUAGACUUGGAUGGAGAUGUACGGACCUAGGCUUCCCCAAACCACGAAAGUCACAAAAUUGGGAAAGGAACAUUCUGGGAAAGUGAUUGUUUUGGACCAGAAAGUUCUGACUGAGGCUUCCCAAGAGCAUGAAGCAAACUUCUUGUCCCAACAAAAAACC